UCUGCCUUGCUCACACAGAGCAGCUGUUGCAGUUCUGCCUCUGUCCCAUCCAGCCAUCAUCAUGAGCCAGUCUUAUUCCUCCAGCCAGCGGCUCUCCUCAUACCGCCGUACCUUUGGUGGUGGGGCAGUUUCACCCUCUUUCCCGCGUGCCUCCUUUGGCAGCAAGGGUUCCUCAGCCAGCUCCGUCACCUCUCGGGUCUACCAGGUGUCCCGUGGUGCUGCACCACCCAGCCUAUCCAGCUUCCGUGCCAGCUACUCAGCUCCACUACGCUCAACCUAUCAAGGUGCUGGUGAGCUCCUUGACUUUUCUCUGGCUGAUGCUAUGAACCAGGAGUUCUUGCAGACACGCACCAAUGAGAAGGUAGAGCUGCAGGAACUCAAUGACCGCUUUGCCAACUACAUUGAGAAGGUGCGUUUCUUGGAGCAGCAGAAUGCACUCAUGGUGGCCGAGGUAAACCGGCUCAAAGGCAAGGAGCCUACCCGUGUGGCCGAGAUCUAUGAAGAGGAGCUGAGAGAACUGCGGCGCCAGGUGGAGAUUCUGACCAGCCAGCGAGCACGUGUGGAUGUGGAGAGGGACAAUCUGCUGGAUGACCUCCAGAAGCUGAAGCAAAGGCUGCAGGAGGAGAUCCAUCUUAAGGAAGAAGCAGAAAACAACUUGGCUGCCUUCAGAGCUGAUGUUGAUGCAGCCACUCUGGCCCGUAUUGACUUGGAAAGGCGCAUUGAAUCCUUGCAGGAGGAAAUUGCGUUCCUCAAAAAGGUACACGAAGAGGAAAUCCGGGAGUUGCAAUCACAGUUACAGGAGCAGCAAAUCCAGGUGGAGAUGGAUGUGUCGAAGCCAGACCUGACUGCAGCGCUGCGUGAUAUCCGAGCCCAGUAUGAGAGCAUUGCUGCAAAGAACAUCUCUGAGGCAGAGGAGUGGUACAAGUCCAAGGUAUCUGACCUAACUCAGGCUGCAAAUAAAAACAAUGAUCAACUGCGCCAAGCCAAGCAGGAGAUGAUGGAAUUCCGGCACCAGAUCCAGUCCUACACCUGUGAGAUUGAUGCACUCAAGGGCACGAACGACUCCUUGAUGAGACAGAUGAGGGAGAUGGAGGAGCGCUUUGCUGGGGAGGCUGGCAGUUAUCAAGACACCAUCCAGAGGCUUGAAGAGGAGAUCCGACACUUGAAGGAUGAGAUGGCACGGCACCUGCGGGAGUACCAGGACUUGCUCAAUGUCAAGAUGGCCCUUGAUGUGGAGAUUGCUACCUACCGCAAGCUGCUGGAAGGCGAGGAGAGCAGAAUUUCAUUGCCCAUCCAAACCUUUUCUGCAAUCAACUUCCGAGAGACCAGUCCAGAGCAGCGGAGCUCUGAGGUCCAUACCAAGAAAACAGUGACUAUCAAAACCAUUGAGACACGUGAUGGGGAGGUGGUCAGUGAAGCUAUGCAGCAGCAACAUGAAAUGCUGUAGAUUCUGUCAUCCCCAGAAAGGCAACUGGCCCAUCUCAACCCUCUCCCUCCCAUGUGCAAAAACCUGGGGCUGCUGGCUCUUACACACUCUCCUGCAUACUUGUCUUGUGUUGGCAUCAUGGGAGAGCCUCACACACAGAACCAAGUGUAUGAGGCUCUCCCUGCACCCAGUCCUCCAAAGCCUCUCUCCUGCUUCCCUUGUGCUUUUCCUGCCCCAGAAGCUGGGGGGAGGGAAAGGGGAGGGCUGCCAAAGAGGUCCUGCUCUGUGUCUGUUCAUAUGUCCAUGUGCAUGCAUUGGAGGGAGGCUUCCUGCCACUGUAGGGUUUGAAGCUCUGGCCACCACUUGCACAUAGAACUUUCACCCAUUCAUACAUGCAUCAUUCAUGCACUGACCCAGGUAAAGAUGCCCUGAUAUAGUUUCACCCCCAUCCUCAGCACAGAUACAGGCCCCUGUUCCCUCCAUGAAACUGCAGUCAGUGGUAACAUUUUGUCCGCAGGCCAUGGAGGGACAGGAUAUGGGGAGGGAGGGAAAGAGGUUGUAGCCCAGAGAAUGAGGAUGAGCCAACUGCCCAGCCUUGCCUCCGGGACCAAAGCCACAGGGCACCCCUCCCCCACCGUGGAGCGGGACUCCUUGCCUGGGGGUUGGUGGGACUUGCUUCUCUAGCUUCAAUGAACGUCCAUCCUUCCAGCUGAGCAAGUCUCCUUAUCGUGACUUGCCAUGUGGGGUGAAGGUUUACCCUUCCACCUAGGUGGGGCUUCUUGUCAAUGCAGGGGGAAGAGGUCAUAAAGGAUAGAACCCCAAAGGAGGAAGUGUUGUUCUUUUUAAUUCCACGUGAGUGAGGCUUGGCCUCAAACAGCAUAAAUGCUCCACUCCUGCUGCAAAGUAAAGUUCCUAGGAUGGGAUAGGGGCUGUGAGGGUUGCCGAGGAGGAAGAGGAGGAGGAGGAGGAAGACUCUGAGGAACUGAUGCAUCCACUUGAGGCUCCCCUGUCUUCUCCCCUUUUUUCAUCCCAGAUCUGAAAUCUGCCCUGCCCAGGGUGCCACAAGGGGCUGCUUAAGGGAGUUGGACAAGAUAAAAGAAGGAACUGGCAGGUGACUGAAAUGGGAGGAAAGAGAGAGGAGUAGGUUAUGGGUGUGAGAGAAAGAGAAGAUGGAGAGAGAGGCUGCUAUGCCCCUGACCCUCCCACCCCAACACAUACCUGGCUCUGCCAAGUGAUUAAUAAACCAUGGAGCACAAAA